AUGGGAACAAAGCAGGAAACGACGGCGGAACCCCAGGCGAGCGUCCCUCGCUUUUUCUACCAGCAGAUCACCGUCAAACCUGCUGAGAUCCAAAAUGUCAACCUACAGGGCAAGACGGCCAUCAUCACCGGCGCCAACACCGGCGUAGGCUAUGAAGCCGCCAGCCAGCUCCUUGGACUCGGCCUGAGCAAGCUCGUCCUGGCCGUGCGAAACCUGGACAAGGGUAAAGCUGCGGCCGCGAAGCUCUCUGCGAGUCACAAGGUCGCAGAAGGCGCUAUUGAGGUGUGGGAGCUCGACCUUUCCGUGUAUGAAUCCAUUGUCAAAUUCGUCGAACGCACCAAGACGCUUGAGCGCAUCGACUUCAUCGUCCUCAAUGCGGGCGUCGCCCACGCAAAGCGCGUCUUUAACGAAAAGACAGGCCACGACGAGAUGGUGCAGGUCAACUUUAUUUCAACAGCCCUCCUCGCCAUUCUGCUCCUGCCCGUCGUCCAAGCCAAGCGCGAGAGCCAGCCGCACCCCACGCGCAUCACCUUUACUUCGUCGGAGGUCGCUGGGUGGACUGCUUUUGCAGAGAGGAAAGACUUUCCUCUGCUGGCUGCCCUAGACAAGGAAGGCAAGGUGGACAUGUUGGAUCGCAUGUUCGUGUCGAAGCUGCUCGGCCAGUUUUUUAUCCACAGGCUAGCGGCCAUCGUGCCUCCAUCCAUCGCCCUCAUCAACUCAACAUCACCUGGCUCGGUCCACGACUCUGAGUUCAACCGCGAGCACGACAAGACGUUCUCAGGUGCCGCCGCCAAGGUGUUCAUGAAGCGUGUCGCUAACAGCGCUGCGGUGGGCUCACGCUUCGUCACCGAUGCGAUCGUCAACCAUGGCGAGGAAACGCAUGGACUAUUCCUAUCAUUCACCAAGUUGUACAAGUUGGCGCCGAUUAUCUAUACCCCCGAAGGUGAGAAGAUUGAGGAGCAGCUGUGGUCGGAGUUGAUGGCGGAGUUCGCGCCCUUCAAAGCUGAGGAGAUUAUCAAAUCAGUGACAGAGAAAUAG